GCCCCGCCGGUUCGGCUCCGGAUUCUGUAGAAACCUCGCCACUGUGUUAUUUCCCGAGCCGUUUUCCUAGGUAGAAUUGAUCCUCUUGGGGGAACGAGGGAGCGGAGGGAAGAAUCUCUAUUGCAAAUAUUGUUUAGAGUUUAUUCUAGAGAGCGUCUGUGCUUUAAGAUGCUCUUCCGUGGCUCCUGGUGGAUGCUAUAAGGAGCCAGGAUUGUGGUGGGUUUCGGCUGUGCAGGGAGUUGGGUUAGCGGGGGGGUGGGGGGAAGGAAAAGACACGAUCGAGAGUAGCUGAGACUUUGUGCCCCCGUUGGAGAGAUGGUUGAGUCCUCGUCAAGGUUGCUGUGGUAUCCCAGAAACACCAUUCACUCUGAGCUGUGACCGCGCACCAUCAACAGCAACAACUCCGCUGCGCCUGACCAAGGAAUAGGAAUUAGGAGCUCUCAAGAAUAAUAUGAAAGGGAUCUGCAGAGGGGAAAUCCGUGCAAAGGAAUCGAAAUUAGCAGACUUUUGGGAAAGGGGAUGUACUAAAUGUGGCCGGCUGGACUUCAUCCUGGUGAAGAAAAUGGAGAUUAAAAGUGGAUUUACAUUUUGGAACCUCGUCUUUUUAUUGAUGGUUUCGUGUGUGAAAGGAUUUAUUUAUACCUGUGGUGGAACUUUAAAAGGACUGAAUGGCACGAUAGAAAGCCCUGGCUUCCCAUAUGGAUAUCCAAAUGGUGCAAACUGUACAUGGGUUAUAAUAGCAGAAGAAAGAAACAGAAUACAGAUUGUCUUUCAGUCUUUUGCUCUUGAAGAAGAAUAUGAUUAUUUGUCAUUAUAUGAUGGGCAUCCUCAUCCUGCAAACUUUAGGACAAGGUUAACAGGAUUUCAUCUUCCUCCACCUGUGACAAGUACAAAAUCUGUAUUUUCGCUGCGCUUGACAAGUGACUUUGCUGUUAGUGCUCAUGGGUUCAAAGUUUACUAUGAAGAAUUACAGAGUAGCUCCUGUGGCAAUCCAGGAAUUCCACCAAAGGGUAUCUUGUAUGGUACAAGAUUUGAUGUUGGGGACAAAAUCCGAUACAGCUGUGUAACUGGAUAUAUUUUGGAUGGCCAUCCUCAGCUUACUUGCAUAGCUAACUCUGUGAAUACAGCAUCAUGGGACUUCCCUGUUCCUAUUUGUAGAGCUGAGGACGCUUGUGGAGGAACUAUGAGAGGAUCCAGUGGUAUCAUCUCGAGCCCCAACUUUCCUAAUGAGUAUCAUAAUAAUGCAGAUUGCACAUGGACAAUUGUGGCAGAACCUGGGGAUACUAUCUCACUCAUAUUUACAGAUUUCCAAAUGGAAGAAAAAUAUGAUUAUUUGGAAGUAGAAGGUUCUGAACCACCUACAAUAUGGCUCUCUGGCAUGAAUAUACCUCCUCCAGUUAUCAGCAACAAAAAUUGGCUCAGACUACAUUUUGUAACAGACAGCAAUCAUCGAUACCGUGGAUUUAGUGCUCACUACCAAGGUUCUUCCACUUUGAUCAAAACUGCCUCCACUGGUGAGUUAGAGGAGCCUAUUGCGGUCACUACUGGUGCUAUUACUGUUGCUAGCACAUCUGCAGAUGUUACUGUAUGCACCCAUAGACAACCUUCGGAAGAGCAACAAGUGCAAGCUAAGAAUAUAAGAAAAUCAAUUCUGGAAUCGGCCUCUUCCAAGGAGGAACUCUCCCUUCAUCAAGCAAACAUACAAAGCACAAGACGACGACCAAGAAAAGCUGAGCAGAUAGAAAGAACUAAAGAACUUGCAGUUGUUACUCAUAGAGUGAAAAAGGCCAUAGAUUUUAAAUCUAGAGGAUUUAAAUUGUUUCCAGGGAAAGACAACAGCAACAAGUUUUCUAUCUUAAAUGAGGGAGGUAUUAAACAGGCAUCCAAUUUGUGUCCAGAUCCCGGAGAACCUGAGAAUGGAAAACGGAUAGGCUCAGACUUUAGCUUGGGAGCAACAGUACAAUUCUCUUGUGAUGAAGAUUAUGUGUUACAAGGCUCAAAAAGCAUCACGUGUCAGAGGAUAGCUGAAGUUUUUGCUGCAUGGAGUGAUCAUAGACCUGUGUGCAAAGUUAAGACUUGUGGAUCCAAUCUUCAGGGUCCUGGCGGCACUUUCACAUCACCCAAUUUUCCAUUCCAGUAUGACAGCAAUGCCCAGUGUGUGUGGGUCAUCACAGCUAUCAAUACUAAUAAGGUCAUACAGAUAAAUUUUGAAGAAUUUGAUCUGGAGAUUGGCUAUGACACACUGACAAUUGGUGAUGGAGGAGAAGUGGGUGAUCCUAAAACUGUGCUUCAAGUGUUAACUGGGAGCUUUGUACCAGACUUAAUUGUGAGCAUGAGUAAUCAGAUGUGGUUACAUCUUCAAACGGAUGAAAGUGUGGGCUCAAUCGGUUUCAAGGUUAAUUACAAAGAAAUUGAAAAGGAAAGCUGUGGGGAUCCUGGAACACCACUGUAUGGUAUCAGAGAAGGGGAUGGAUUUUCCAACCGGGAUGUUUUAAGAUUUGAGUGUCAGUUUGGAUUUGAAUUAAUCGGAGAGAAAUCUAUCAUUUGCCAAGAAAAUAACCAGUGGUCUGCAAACAUACCAAUUUGUAUUUUUCCUUGCCUUUCCAAUUUUACUGCACCCAUGGGAACUGUUCUUUCACCUGAUUAUCCAGAAGGAUAUGGAAAUAACUUAAAUUGUAUCUGGACAAUAAUUUCAGACCCUGGGAGCCGAAUCCAUCUCUCUUUUAAUGACUUUGACUUGGAAUCUCAGUUUGACUUCCUUGCGGUUAAAGAUGGUGACUCUCCAGAUUCUCCUAUAAUAGGAACAUUUACUGGUGCUGAAGUUCCUUCCCAUCUUACCAGUAAUGGUCAUAUUUUGCGGCUGGAGUUUCAAGCUGACCAUUCCAUGUCAGGACGUGGAUUUAACAUCACUUACAACACAUUUGGACAUAACGAGUGCCCUGAUCCUGGAGUACCAAUCAAUGCCCGGCGUUUUGGUGACAACUUUCAGUUGGGGAGUUCAAUUUCUGUUAUCUGUGAGGAAGGAUUUAUCAAAACACAGGGAACUGAAACAAUUACUUGCAUGUUAGUGGAUGGAAAAGUAAUGUGGAGUGGACCUAUUCCUAAGUGUGGAGCUCCAUGUGGUGGGCAUUUUUCAUCUCCCAGUGGAGUAAUCCUCUCUCCAGGCUGGCCUGGGUAUUAUAAAGACUCCUUGAAUUGUGAGUGGGUGAUAGAAGCUGAACCAGGACACUCUAUCAAAAUUACAUUUGAAAGAUUUCAGACAGAACUCAAUUAUGAUGUUUUGGAAGUUCAUGAUGGACCAAAUUUAUUAUCUCCCCUUCUGGGAUCCUACAAUGGUACUCAGGUCCCACAGUUCCUGUUUAGCAGUAGCAAUUUCAUUUAUCUUCUUUUUACAACUGACAACAGCCGUUCUAACAAUGGAUUCAAGAUUCAUUAUGAAAGUGUAACCGUUAAUACCUACUCUUGCUUGGAUCCUGGCAUACCAGUGCAUGGACGCCGUUAUGGACAUGACUUCUCUAUAGGAUCCACUGUCUCAUUUAGUUGUGAUCCAGGUUAUAGGCUAAGUCAUGAGGAGCCUUUGCUGUGUGAGAAAAAUCACUGGUGGAGUCACCCACUCCCAACUUGUGAUGCUUUGUGUGGUGGAGAUGUUAGAGGACCUAGUGGGACAAUUUUAUCCCCUGGUUAUCCAGAACUUUAUCCAAAUUCACUGAAUUGUACAUGGACUGUGGAUGUUACCCAUGGGAAAGGAGUGCAGUUCACCUUCUACACUUUUCAUUUGGAGGAUCAUCACGACUACUUACUAAUAACAGAGAAUGGCAGUUUCACACAACCAUUAGCACGUCUGACUGGGUCAGAGCUUCCUUCACCAAUCAAUGCAGGUCUCUAUGGAAAUUUCAGAGCCCAGUUACGCUUUAUAUCAGAUUUUUCGAUAUCAUAUGAAGGAUUUAACAUUUCUUUCUCUGAAUAUAAUCUAGAACCUUGUGAAGAUCCUGGGAUCCCACAGUUUGGUAAUAGAAUAGGAUUUAAUUUUGGAGUGGGAGAUACUCUGACAUUCUCCUGUUCAUCUGGAUAUCGUUUGGAAGGAGCUUCAGAGAUUAUUUGUCUAGGUGGUGGCCGACGAGUGUGGAGUGCACCUCUGCCAAGGUGUGUGGCUGAAUGUGGAGCCUCCACGACAAAUAAUGAAGGAAUCUUACUGUCCCCCAAUUAUCCUCUUAACUACGAAAACAACCAUGAAUGUAUUUAUAGCAUUCAGGUACAAGCAGGAAAAGGAAUCAACAUUUCUGCCAGAACAUUUCAUUUAGCCCAAGGAGAUGUUCUUAAGAUCUAUGAUGGCAAAGACAACACUGCUCACCUGCUGGGUGCAUAUACUGGCGCAUCAUUAAGAGGACUGACACUAAGUAGUACUUCAAAUCAUUUAUGGUUGGAAUUUAACUCAGACGUGGAGGGCACUGAUGAAGGUUUUCAACUUGUGUAUACCAGUUUUGAGCUUUCACAUUGUGAAGACCCUGGUGUGCCACAGUUUGGAUAUAAAAUCAGUGACCAAGGUCAUUUUGCUGGAAGCACUAUAAUUUAUGGAUGUAAUCCAGGUUACACACUCCAUGGAAGUAGCCUUCUAAAGUGUAUGACUGGAGAAAGAAGGGCAUGGGACUAUCCUCUGCCAUCGUGUAUUGCUGAAUGUGGAGGCCGUUUUAAAGGAGAAUCAUCAGGAAGAAUCUUAUCUCCUGGCUACCCUUUUCCCUAUGAUAAUAAUCUUCGUUGCAUGUGGGUGAUUGAAGUAGACCCAGGAAAUAUUGUCAGCCUUCAGUUUCUUGCAUUUGAUACUGAGGCAUCACAUGAUAUUCUACGAGUUUGGGAUGGACCACCUGAGAAUGAGAUGUUACUCAAGGAAAUUAGUGGAUCUCUUGUUCCUGAAGGCAUUCACAGUACACUCAACAUAGUAACUAUCCAAUUUGACACAGAUUUUUAUAUCAGCAAAUCUGGGUUUGCCAUACAGUUUUCAAGCUCUGUAGCUACUGCCUGCCGUGAUCCUGGUGUCCCUAUGAAUGGAACUAGAAAUGGGGAUGGAAGAGAACCUGGAGACACUGUGAUUUUUCAGUGUGACCCUGGAUAUGAGUUGCAAGGAGAUGAGAGAAUAACCUGCAUUCAGGUAGAAAAUCGGUACUUCUGGCAGCCCAACCCACCAGUCUGUAUAGCUCCCUGUGGAGGAAACUUGACUGGCUCUUCAGGUUUUAUACUUUCACCGAACUUCCCUCAUCCUUAUCCCCAUAGCAGAGACUGUGACUGGACUAUCACUGUUAAUAAUGACUAUGUUAUAUCAUUAGCAUUUAUCAGUUUCAGUAUAGAACCAAAUUAUGAUUUUCUUUAUAUCUAUGAUGGGCCAGAUAGUAAUAGCCCACUAAUUGGAAGCUUUCAAGAUAGCAAGCUUCCAGAGAGGAUAGAAAGCAGUUCAAAUACCAUGCAUUUGGCUUUUCGGAGCGAUGGGUCUGUUAGUUUCACUGGAUUCCACCUGGAGUACAAAGCAAAACUACGUGAGUCUUGCUUUGAUCCUGGAAAUAUAAUGAAUGGAACGAGACUUGGAAUGGAUUAUAAACUGGGCUCCACUGUCACUUAUUACUGCGAUGCAGGUUAUGUUCUUCAAGGAUAUUCUACACUAACUUGUAUUAUGGGAGAUGAUGGAAGACCUGGAUGGAACAGAGCCCUGCCCAGCUGUCAUGCACCCUGUGGAAGCCGGUCAACAGGCUCUGAAGGCACUGUAUUAUCACCGAACUACCCUAAGAAUUACAGUGUGGGUCACAACUGUGUUUACUCUAUCACUGUUCCUAAGGAAUUCGUGGUUUUUGGCCAGUUUGUAUUUUUCCAGACAUCACUCCACGAUGUGGUUGAAGUAUAUGAUGGCCCAUCUCUGCAGUCAUCAUUGUUAUCUUCUCUCUCAGGAUCACAUUCAGGUGAAUCCCUUCCAUUGAGCUCAGGUAACCAGAUCACGGUUAGAUUUACUUCAGUUGGACCAGCAACAGCUAAAGGAUUUCAUUUUGUUUAUCAAGCUGUUCCAAGAACAAGUGCAACACAGUGCAGCUCUGUGCCUGAACCAAGAUUUGGAAAAAGGAUUGGAAAUGAAUUUGCAGUUGGGUCAUUGGUUCUUUUUGAAUGCAAUCCAGGAUAUAUCCUUCAUGGAUCAACAGCAAUUAGAUGUGAUACAGUACCAAAUGCAUUAGCACAGUGGAAUGAUUCACUCCCUACAUGUGUCGUGCCCUGUGGUGGAAUUUUAACAAAGCGCAAAGGGACCAUUUUAUCUCCUGGUUACCCUGAACCUUAUGACAACAAUCUGAAUUGUGUGUGGAAGAUCACAGUACCAGAGGGAGCUGGGAUUCAGGUGCAAGUGGUGAGUUUUGCUACAGAACACAACUGGGAUUCCUUAGACUUUUAUGAUGGUGCUGACAACAAUGCUCCAAGGCUCGGAAGUUAUUCAGGAACAACCAUACCUCCACUUCUAAACAGCACAUCAAAUAAUCUGUACCUAAACUUUCAGUCUGAUAUCAGUGUUUCAGCUGCUGGAUUUCAUCUUGAGUAUACAGCUAUUGGUUUGGACUCUUGUCCCGAACCACAGACCCCAAGCAAUGGGAUCAAAAUUGGAGACAGAUAUAUGGUUGGAGAUGUGGUAUCUUUCCAGUGUGACCAGGGUUACUCCCUUCAGGGACAUUCACAUAUCACCUGUAUGCCUGGACCAGUAAGAAGAUGGAAUUACCCGAUUCCAAUAUGUUUAGCACAAUGUGGUGGUGCCAUGUCAGACUUCAGUGGGGUGAUCCUUAGCCCUGGGUUUCCUGGUAACUAUCCUAGCAGUUUGGAUUGCACAUGGACAAUAAAGCUGCCGAUUGGUUUUGGCGUUCAUCUGCAAUUUGUGAAUUUCUCAACUGAGACCAUACAUGAUUACUUAGAAGUUAGGAGUGGAUCUACAGAAACUAGCACUGUUAUUGGGAGACUAAGUGGCCCUCAGCUACCAGCAUCCCUGUUCAGCACAACUCAUGAAACUACCUUAUACUUUCACAGUGAUUAUUCACAGAACAAACAAGGAUUUCAUAUUGUGUAUCAAGCAUAUCAACUGCAAAGCUGUCCUGACCCUCGACCAUUCCGGAACGGUUUUGUUAUUGGGACAGAUUUUACUGUGGGACAAACUAUUUCAUUUGAAUGUUUUCCUGGCUACACAUUAAUUGGAAAUUCUGCCCUGACUUGUCUUCACGGUGUUAGCCGUAACUGGAAUCACCCUCUCCCCAGAUGUGAAGCUCUCUGUGGAGGAAAUAUAACUGCAAUGAAUGGCACCAUAUACUCUCCAGGAUACCCUGAUGAGUAUCCAAAUUUUCAAGACUGCUUUUGGCUUGUAAGAGUACCACCUGGGAAUGGAAUCUACAUCAAUUUCACAGUUCUCCAAACAGAGCCAAUAUAUGAUUUCAUAACUGUCUGGGAUGGACCAGACCAAACUUCUCCUCAAAUUGGACAAUUUAGUGGCAAUACUGCAUUAGAAUCAGUCUACAGCACUUCCAAUCAGAUUCUGAUCAAGUUUCACAGUGACUUUACUACCAGUGGCUUCUUUGUACUUAGUUAUCAUGCCUAUCAGCUUCGGGUCUGCCAACCUCCAACAAACAUCCCAAAUGCAGAAAUUCUAACUGAGGAUGAUGAAUUCGAAAUAGGAGACAUAAUAAGAUACCAGUGUCAACCAGGCUUUACAUUGGUUGGUAAUGAGAUUCUGACAUGCCGACUAGGUGAAAGGCUUCAGAUGGAUGGAGCACCACCUACUUGCCAAGUGCUCUGUCCAGCCAAUGAAAUACGUCUGGAUUCAACAGGAGUAAUACUGAGCCCUGGCUAUCCUGACAGCUACCCAAAUCUCCAGAUGUGCGCAUGGACCAUUUCUGUGGAAAAGGGUUAUAAUAUCAGCAUGUUUUUCGAAUUCUUCCAAACAGAAAAGGAAUUUGAUAUUCUCGAGGUGUUUGAUGGACCAAAUAGUCAUAGCCCAUUGCUCAUUUCUCUCAGUGGGGACUAUUCAUCUUCUCUCAACAUAACCAGCAAUGGCCAUGAGGUAUUUCUCCGGUGGUCAGCAGAUCAUGGCACCAAUAAAAAAGGAUUCAGGAUAAGAUAUAUAGCUCUCUACUGUAGUACUCCAGAGUCCCCUCCACAUGGUUUCAUUGUCAGUCAGACAGGUGGACAGCUCAACAGUAUGGUUCGCUGGGCUUGUGAUCGAGGUUUUCGGCUCAUUGGGAAAAGUACUGCUGUAUGCAGGAAGUCUCCAUAUGGUUAUUACUCAUGGGAUGUUCCAGUCCCAGCUUGUCAAGCAAUAUCUUGUGGAAUUCCUAAAUCUCCAGUGAAUGGUGGGAUAUUAACUACAGAUUACUUGGUUGGCACCCGUGUUACUUACUUUUGCAACGAUGGGUAUAGGCUAUCAUCCAAGGAACUUACUACAGCAUCCUGCCAGCCAGAUGGUACCUGGAGCAAUCACAAUAAAACACCUCGCUGUGUAGUUGUUACAUGUCCAAGCAUCAAUUCUUUUACACUGGAACAUGGAAGAUGGAAAAUAGUGAAUGGUUCACAUUAUGAGUAUAAAACAAAAGUAGUUUUCAGCUGUGACCCAGGGUAUUAUGGUUUGGGACCAGCAUCUAUUGAGUGUCUUGCUAACGGAACCUGGAGCUGGAGAAAUGAGCGACCUUACUGCCAAAUUAUUUCUUGUGGAGAACUUCCUACACCUCCAAAUGGAAAUAAGAUUGGAACUCAAAUCACAUAUGGAUCUACAGCUAUAUUUACUUGUGACUCCGGAUACAUGUUAGUUGGCUCUGCUGUAAGGGAAUGUCUAUCUUCUGGGCUCUGGAGUGGAAUUGAGACCAGAUGUUUAGCUGGUCACUGUGGUAGUCCAGAUCUUAUAGUCAAUGGUCAAGUAAUUGGAGAAAAUUAUGGGUAUAGAGACACAGUUGUAUACCAGUGCAGUCCUGGUUUUCGGUUGAUUGGUUCUUCUGUACGAAUAUGUCAACAGGAUCACAACUGGUCUGGUCAGCUUCCAUCCUGUGUGCCUGUUACCUGCCCAACUCCUCCGCAGAUCUCUAAUGGAAGGUUGGAAGGAACAAACUUGGACUGGGGAUUUAGCAUUAGCUACGUCUGUUCUCCAGGCUACGAACUCUCUUUUCCUGCUGUUUUGACUUGUGUUGGGAAUGGAACAUGGAGUGGUGAAGUACCUCAGUGCUUGCCAAAGUUUUGUGGUGACCCUGGAGUACCCUCUCAAGGGAAAAGAGAAGGCAAGAGUUUCAUCUACCAGUCAGAAGUUUCUUUUAGCUGCAAUCCUCCUUUUAUUUUGGUUGGCUCCAGCACCAGGAUUUGCCAAGCAGAUGGCACAUGGAGUGGUUCUUCACCCCGAUGUAUAGAACCUACUCGCACAGCAUGUGAAAAUCCAGGAGUUCCAAGGCAUGGAUCACAAAACAACACAUUUGGCUAUCAGGUGGGAAAUAUUGUUCAAUUUCAGUGCAAGAAAGGACAUCUUCUCCAUGGAUCAACAACACGAACUUGCCUUCCUGAUCUUACAUGGAGUGGAGUUCAGCCAGAAUGUAUACCUCACAGCUGUAAACAACCAGAAACACCAUCUCAUGCAAAUGUUGCAGGAAUGGAUCUUCCCUCACUUGGCUAUACAUUGAUUUACACUUGUCAGCCAGGCUUCUUCCUGGCGGGAGGAUCAGAGCAUAGAGCCUGUAGGUCUGAUGGUACAUGGACUGGCAAAGUUCCAGUUUGUGAAGCUGGUUCCAAAAUAUUGGUGAAGGAUCCCAGGCCAGCUUUGGGAACACCAAGUCCCAAACUAAGUGUUCCUGAUGAUGUAUUUGCCCAAAAUUAUAUAUGGAAAGGCUCUUACAACUACAAAAGCAAGAAACAGCCCAUGACUUUGACAGUCACCAGUUUCAAUGCAACUUCAGGAAGAGUAAAUGCAACACUUACAAACAGCAAUAUGGAAUUGCUGCUUUCAGGAGUCUAUAAAAGCCAGGAAGCUCGGCUGAUGCUCCACAUCUAUCUCAUUAAAGCACCCUCUCAUACAUCCGUGAGCAAGCUGAAAGAGGAAAAAUGGGCUAUGGAUGGUUUUGUUUCUGCUGAACCUGAUGGAGCUACAUAUGUUUUUCAAGGAUUCAUCCAGGGUAAAGACUAUGGGCAAUUUGGACUUCAAAGAUUAGGUCUUAACGUGUCUGAGGGUUCAAAUUCUUCUAAUCAACCACAUGGUACAAAUAGUAGUUCAGUGGCCAUUGCUAUCCUUGUGCCUUUCUUUGCCCUUAUAUUUGCUGGAUUUGGCUUUUAUCUUUAUAAACAAAGGACUGCACCUAAAACGCAGUAUACAGGAUGCUCUGUACAUGAAAAUAAUAAUGGACAAGCUGCUUUUGAAAAUCCUAUGUAUGACACAAAUGCAAAAUCUGUGGAAGGAAAAGCGGUACGAUUUGACCCCAACUUGAACACUGUUUGCACAAUGGUAUAAUGUGAUAAUGAUAUGUUUUCAAAGUUUGGAAUUUGAAACACAACACAGUGCACACACAGUUCACUGAUUAAAAAAAAAUAAAUUAAAGCACACUUUUCAGGAUAUAGUGGGUCACCUUUUCCUGAGGAUGAUAGACAAGAAUUGGUUGUGGUUAUUUUGUUUUGAUUGUUUUCCAUAAACUGGAUCAGAAAUCUUCAUGUUUACCAUGGAGAGUUUUACAAAAAAAAAAAAAAAAAAAAAAAAAAAAACCUGCUGCACUCCAUGAGUGCUAACUCACAGUUUAUUUGCUUUUUUAAAAAAGGAGGUUAUUCUAAAACAUAAAAUGUAUUUGCAUAUAUUGGAGGAGCAUCCACUAUCAGUACUUCUGUGCUUUAUAAAAAUUAUAAUAGGGGGACUGGAUUAAAAAAAAAGAUAUAGGUAGAAAAUAAGAGCUAUACUUACAGGAGACAAUAGGUCACUGACCUCUCUUUAACAGUCAUAUGCUACAUGUUUCUCAUGAGUUUGUACCAUUAUUUUUUUCAUUUAUUCAGUCCAUUUAGCAAUUUAUUUCUCUCAGAACUUUUUUUUUUUUUUUUUUUUAACUCCAGGAGGUAGCAUUUGGAAAUCAGCAAGUACAACUUACUCUUGUUACAUCAUGGGAAAAAAAAAAAAAAAAAAAAAAAAAAAAGUGAGAUUCUUAUUUAAUUAAUUUCUUUCUGUGUUUCACAUCAUUCCUUUUCAUGUUCCAAGUCAAACUCCUUUUCUGUUUCCACUGACAACACCCCAAAAUGAUAAUGGAUGUAAAUCUGUUUCUACAUUUCUUUUGUCAGUCAUACAAUUAAUUAGACAUAAUUUCCAAUCAAGUAGCUAAGACGAACUGAGCUUUGUCAUGUGUCACUGUUGAUCAUUGAAAAGAGUGACCAUUUUACCAUAUUUUCAAUGUCAAAACAUAAUUUAAUGAUGUUUCCAGUUCAAAAGUGCAGUUUACAGUAACAUUAGGAAUCAAAUCCAUAUAUCAAAAUUGCAGGAGUUCAUUUAUCAGUUAAACUAGAUUGUAUCACAUCAGUUUAUUCUUUCAGCAUUUUGUCAGAAUGCAUGCACAGAGCAUGGUAAAAUCCCAUUGACGUUGAUGGGAUUCUAACAGACUUCAGUGAACUUUGGAUCAAGCCUACAAGGCAAGAGGCAAUUAUAAUUUGGAAAUACUGUGUUUUCAUAUCUAUUUUAUCUCCAUAUUUUACGGAAACAAAUCCUUACAUUUAAUGGUUUAAAAUUGAAUAUAUUACCAUAGUGCAAUGAAAAUAAAAAUAUUAAAUAUAUAUACAUAUAUAUAAAGCCAUGAUUUUAUUAGGGACAAUCCAUUCAUUUUAGGGACAAUUCAGACUCUACAGCCCUCAAAUUCAAGUUUUAGACAUUACAAACCCACUUCCAAGGAAAUCUAGGUUUUAGUUUUACAGUUAUUUCAUAAAAGAAUUAUUCAGUGGCAAUUCAAUAAUUUAUUUGAUGUAGGUCAUUGUCUUCCAUUUAUAGCAUGACUCACAAAUGCUGUGUGUUAGCCAGUGUAAAUUAUCUGUUAUUGUCCCUUUCAGACAUUAAUAAUUCUGUGAAAAUCUAAACUUUUUAUUACCGUAAUAGAGAGUGCCUACCAAAAAUCAUUGUACCCAGGAUUGCUGCUUGGAUUUCUACAAUGUUUGAUGAAUUUCUUAUAAACCAUUUUACAACAUUUUGUUUGAAUAUUCAUACAACUCUGUCAAACUGUAUUCUACUAAAAGGAUGCUGUUUUAUAUUUUAUACCAUUGGUUGUUAUUUAUUCUUGUUUAUUCAAAUGACUGCAAUAACUAUAAUUCAUUCAUUAAUGUUAAGGUUAAUACAUUUGAGAUCGUUUAAAAUGUUUCUUCUGCAACUGGCUACUCCUCUUAUAUUAAUGCAUACACUUUUGUAAAGAAGUAUAUUUUUAUGAAAAAAAAAAGGAUUUGUAAACGUAUGAUGUAAAUUUUCAGUGCAAUGUAAACAAAAUAAAAAUGGACAAUUGCUUUUUUUAA